ACUGUCAGCUGGAAUUUGUUCUCUGGCUGCUGGACAAGUGUUUGUCUCUCUGGGAAACAUGGAGCUCUCUGCAUUCCCCGGGUUUCUCUCAAUGAUAUGUGACAGAUUCACUGUACUGGCCAUGUUCUUCAUGGUGUUUGCCCUGGUCUUUGACUUCAUGAAGAGACGCAAGGGUCAGAGCUACCCUCCUGGGCCCUGGGGUUUACCUUUCAUUGGGAACAUUCUUCAGGUGGACUUGAACAACCCCCACUUGUCGUUUGCCAAGCUGUGGAAGAAAUAUGGCGACGUGGUGAGUGUGCAAUUUGGAUGGACUAACACAGUGAUACUGAAUGGCUAUGAAGCCCUGAAUGAGGCACUGGUGAAGAAAUCAGAAGAUUUUGCCGAUCGGCCACACUUAGCAAUUUAUGAAGAUUUCACUAAACAUAUGGUAGAAGGUAUAGUCUUUGCAAAAUAUGGCCCUUGGUGGAAAGAGCAGAGAAGGUUCUCACUUUCAACGCUGAGGAACUUUGGGCUGGGGAAGAAAUCUCUGGAGAUGCGAAUCAUGGAAGAGGCUGGAUGUUUAACCAAAGAAUUUGAAAAUACAAAAGGACUUCCUUUUGAUCCACAUUUCAUUGUAAUGUGUGCAGUCUCCAAUAUUAUCUGUUCAAUUGUUUUUGGGGAACGUUUUGAAUACCAAGAUAAAAGUUUCCUUGGAUUUCUAGAGAUAACUGAAGAAAGUUUUGAAUUGGAAACUGGUGUUUGGGCUGAGUUGUUGAAUACGUUCCCCUUUAUUCGUCACUUCCCAGGUCCACACAAUAAAAUAUUUGAAAAUCAAAAUAAAGCUGUUGAGUUUGUUCGGGAGAAAGUCAUGGAACAUAAAAAACAAUGGGAUCCAAAUGAGCCCAGGGACUUCAUCGAUGCUUUCUUAACAGAGCAGGAGAAGAUGAAACACGUCCCACAAUCAAGUUUCCAGGAAACCAAUUUGUUGGGGACUGUUUUAGAUCUCUUUGCAGCUGGGACUGAGACCACGUCCACCACUCUGCUCUGGGGUCUGCUUUUUAUGAUGCAACAUCCAGACAUGCAGUCUAAAGUCCAGGAGGAGAUUGACAGAGUAAUUGGCAAGGAGAGAAUGCCAAGGGUGGAAGACCGUGAGGAAAUGCCGUACACUAAUGCUGUUAUCCAUGAAACCCAACGGGCGGGAAAUAUUGCACCCAUUUCACUUCCUCAUCAAACAUACAGAGAUACAGAGGUCAUGGGCUACACUAUCCCUAAGGGAACAACAAUCAUCCCAAAUCUGUCCUCCGCCUUGUUUGAUGAGAAUGUUUGGUCGACUCCACACCAGUUUAAUCCAGGUCACUUCCUCAACUCAGAGGGGAGCUUUGUGAAACCAGAAGCCUUCAUCCCAUUCUCUGCAGGUCGCCGUGUGUGCCUGGGGGAACAGCUGGCAAAGACUGAACUCUUCCUAUUCUUCACUUCCAUGCUGCAACAGUUCACAUUCCAUCUCCCAGAAUAUGAGCCAAGACCAAGUUAUGCAGAAUCCAAAUUUGGAAUCUCUCGCAUUCCAGGUCCUUAUCAUCUGUGCAUUAAACUCAGAUAAGCUGUGUGGGGUGGGGGAGCUUCAGCAGCAGUGAGGAGUCACACACCUUCUUUAAUUUCAAACUGAUCUCUUCACUGAUAGAAUUUCGCACAGAACAGAAAAUCAAACAGAUGUAUCUAGUUACAAAGUGCAGCUUAAACAGCAGCGUUUCUUUUCUGAACUGGAGCAUGGGCCCUUGUUUUCCGUGACCUAAAUUCUGAUCCAGACAAGACCCACCUACCAGAAAGUGGAGAAUGAUAACAGAGUUACUGCUGUAGGAAUCUAGAUAUCCCAAUUACUGUUUUGAAGGUAUGAUUUCAAGCCCUAUGAUGUCUUGUGAUAUUGAGACAAAGAACAUCCCUGCUGAUCAUUCUACUUAACUGCUUCCUCUAUUGAUGAAUCAGUGCUCUACCAUGAUGACCAUCACUGGGAAGAAGCAAUGAAGGCAGCAAGGGCACAGAACAAUCUCUGCUUGGGGAUAGGGGGCCCUCAUUGUCCACCACCAAGAGUAGGCUUGGUGGGUAGCACCACAACUGACCCAGAGAGACACAUCUGCCAGACUAGGCUUGUGCCAAGUGUGAAAGGAAAAGAGGGAAUAUCCUACUUGAACUCGUCCUCACCAAUCUAUCUGUAGCAGAUGCAUUUGCCAGUGACAGUGUCGGUAGGACUGAAGACUGCAUCGUCCUAACUGAGGCAAAAGCCCAUCUUCACACUGAGGAAACUCACCAUUUUGUCAUAUAGCAUGACAAGUGAGUUGAGUAAUGACCACAUAGUCCAUAUCUACCCAAUGUGAAACUGGGUCAAUCUUGAAAUACUGUGGGCCAUCUCCAGCGUCAGAAUUGUAUUCAACAACAGUAUGGGUGUCCAUAUCCCUGGACCAAGAGGCCCAGGUUAAAACAAAAUUAAUGUUAGGGCUAGCAAAUCCUUCAAUGUUUCACUAACUCCACUCCAGACUGUUAGUUGCAAAUUAAUUCUGUUUAAUUGUAUGAAGGUGUUAUGCAUUGACUUGCCAUUCAUUUAACCCCUACAGACGCUGGUUGAUACUGUGGCUGUUGUGGUUAAGGGGUAUGUAUUUGUAAUGUGUAACUCUGUAAAUAAAUAAGUCUGCAAAGAUUAGUUCCAGUUCAUUCAUACAUAAACUAGUUUCCAAGCAUAGAUCAUAGUACAAAGAACAAUACAUCACAGGAACAGGCCCUUCAGCCCUCUAAGCCUGCGCUGACACAUUUUGCUCUUCGAUACUAAAACUGUUUACACUUACUGGAUCCGUAUUCCUCUAUUCCCUUCCUAUUCAUGUAUUAGUCCAGGUGUUUAUUGAAUGCUGCUAUUGCGUCUGCU